AUGUUACUUUCGACAAAGAGACUCAAUAAUAAAUGUAGGUUAUCGAUUUUUGUUGUUGUUUAGCAGAAGUUAUAAAAAAUUUAUGUUACACUUGACAUCAGAUUUUAGUAUCCUUGCUGGUCGGAUGUUUCCCAUUGAUUUCUCAACAACAAACGGUAACAUCGUCGAUGUUGACCCAGUUGUUGAUAUAUUCGCGAAGGGCGGCUGUGGAAAAAUCGUGGAAAAGCAGGCUGUUUGACGAACCUUCCACUAGCCAAUUGGUCGACUUUUACCCUCCACCGACGGUGUUUGAUGUAGCAACACCAGCACUGAUCACUUUUCUCAAUGCCAGGUAAGAUUUGGGUUAUUUUUGGUGGCUUGAACCGGUUUGCUUGAGCAAGUUGUCUUUUUAGGUAUAAAUUAAUGUUACACUAGGCAAUUUUUGGGCGUGUUUUAAGAAGUUUGGUAAAGUUGAAGGUAGAAGAUGCAGUACAACUGUAUUUGCGACGUCUAAAAUUGAAUUUUUUCGAUACUUUAUUCACCAUGAUAUCAAAAUAUAUUUCAUCGUAUAAAAUGUCGCCAAACGGCGGAGAAUGGCUGAUGGUGAUAAAAUUGUUUGUAAAGUAGUUUAUAGGUGGCUAAGGUGGUUCUUUUACGGAGUUUUUAAAACCUUUUUUUUUGAAAUCAUGUUACCCUUGACAAUUUUUAUCAAUAUUUUAUAUGUAUAGGUGUGUUUAGUCAACUGACCCUCCUGACUUGCUCAACGGACAAGGAUCUCGACUUUUACUCGAUAAAAAACAAGGUUUUUUCGUUUUUGUUCAACCUUUUCUUCAAAGUUCAACCACUAACGGAAAGAAUUGGCUAUGACCAAAACCGCUUUUACCCUCAAGCAAUUGAUGUACCCGCCGUAACACACGAACAGAAACUUAGAGCAGUAAGAUUAUUUCUUUCGUUUGAAGAUUUUUUUGGAUUUCAAACAUAUUUAUGCAAAUUUGUAUUAUCUUUGAUAAAAUUUUCUAAUUUUAGCUAGGGUAUCAAACAGAUCUCUUCUACCCGGUCUUUAUCAUCCCUAAGAAGGUGAAGGAUGUAUUAGCGGAGCUAUCCAAUAGGUUUCCAGGCACGGAUCAUGAGAUUUUGGCCAUUGAAUUGGCUUGUUUUAUGGAUAUUUUUGGAAAACUUUCCCCGUCAAAAGAUGUCAAAGCCGAAGUGAAGUAAGUUACUGGAUUUCAGAGUCUUCUACGUUAUUUUUUUCCUAACUAAUAGAAUAAAAUUUUUCAGAAAAGUCAUCCCAAUUUUGGAGCUUCCGGAAGAUUUGAGCGGCCAAGUAUCAGAGCUAAGUCCAGAGGAAAUUUUGAAUGCAUUCCCAGCAGCACAAAAGCUCUUUAGAACCACACAAGGCAAUAGAGUUCUCAAAGAGUUUGUGGGGAAAUUGUUAAACGUCAAACCCGGGAAUUAUGUGGAUUAG